AUGGCUUUUGCUAACCCGUGUCUCCAGAAGGAGUGGGAGGAAUGGAGGGAAGCGAUGGAGGAAAUGAGGAGGCAAAGAUGGAGGGAGAUGGUGCAACGUUGGUCUGAAGUGAGGCUGAGUGAUGAUGAGGAAGAAAACGAGGACAAAGAGGAAGACAACAUAUAUUGGGAUGAGGAUGACGAAGAUCAGAGUGAAGCAGAGGAAUCCGACACAGAUUGGAAGGAAGAGGAUGCGAGCGUAGAUGAAGUGGAAGAUGAGGAGAUGAGGGACGAGGAAGGAGGGAAUGGGAUGAGUCCGGAAGUCAAGAAGAUGAGAAAGGAAGAAGGACAAGAGCAGGUGGUAGGCAGUAGAGUGAACUUGGAGGGAGAAGAGGAAGAGGUCGUGGAGAACAAGAAGAUGGAGAUGGCUGAGGCCGGAGAAGAAGGGGAAGCGGAUAUGUCGGAAAAAGAAGUCCGCGAGAUCAAGACAGAGGAUGAGGAGGACAGUGACAUGGAAGAAGGUAUGUAUGUGGAGAAGGACUUGGAAGAAGGUGAGGAAAGGGAUGAAAAUGAGUUUGAAGUGGAUGAGAGGGUGAUCAGAGCAGAUGAAGUGGAAAAAUUAGAAGACAGGGAAGGUGACGAGUUAGAGAAGGAGGUUGAAGAGAGUAAUAUGGAGGAUUAUGAGGACGGUGACAUGGAAGGUGAUAGUCUGGAGGAAGAGUUUGAAGAAGAAGACAGAGAGGAAAAGAGGGAGGUUAUGGAGGUUAAGAAACUAGAGGAUACAGCUGAGAGGGAGCUUAAAGUAAAUGGUGUUGAUGAGGAGGAAGGAGAAACAGGAGGGGUGGGGAAAGAUGAGACGGAGGCAGAGAAAGAAGUGGGCAUCGAGAAUGGGGAGGUUGACGAAGAGGAGGAAAAUGGGCUGACGGAAACAGAGGCAGAGCAGGAAAGGGAGGGUGAGGGGGAGGUGGAGGAAGUAAGGGAACAAGAGAAAAGGGCAGAAGAAGGUGGAAAUGAGUUAGAGGUUAUAAUGAAUGGGGAGGUCAGUGGGGAGGAAGACUGGCAGUUCAGAGGAGAAGCACAAGUGGAGGACGUGGAGGAGGAUGAAGAGGAGUAUCAAGAACAGGAGCAAGUAGAGCAAUUUCAUCUGCUACACCAAUUCCAAGACCAGUGCGGAAGAAUUGAUGAUCCGGAUCUACAGCGAAAUCAAGAGGCUACAAUGCAAGAAAGCAGGAGAGUCAAUGAAGGGCCUAACUUGUCAGGGUCUGGUUAUGAGAAAUCUGAAUUAUUGGAAUCUGAUGAGGAAUGUUACACGUAUAAAACAUUAAGUUAUGAGGGGAGAAAUGUUUCCAAAAGCUAUGAAGAACCAGAGGAACUUCAGGUUCCUGGUGGCACUGAAGUACCAUGGACUUCCAAGGACAGAAGGGAAGUAAAAGACACAACUGGAAAAUUGGGAAACAAAGGACUUGAAGUUUCUGAAUCAACUCAAGAUGAAGGGUUUCAAGAUGUUCCUGCAGAGCAAGAGGACGUAGACGAGUCAACAGAGGAUGAGGAUGCAGAAGACUCAACAGAGGAAGAGCCAGAUGAUUAUGAAAAAGACAUGGUGAAGAUUUACCACACAGGGGAUUAUCUUGUGGAUGUUUUCCGCACCUUGACUGAGUUCAGGUACUCUUACCUGCUCACCGACCUCACUUUGUGCACAGGAGAUGGGACAAGUUUCCACGUUCACUCUCUUGUUAUGGCUGCAGUCAGCUCCCUUAUCAGAGACAGUCUGAGCCGGAGAAACAUGGAAACAGCAGAUACAAGUGUUGGACUCUCCAAGUGGUCCCUAUCUCUUGGUCCAGAAGUUGAUCACGUUGGAUUAGAAGCAAUUGUGGAGUUUGCUUAUACUGGACACAUAUCAUUUCUGAGAGCGGAUAACUUGCAUCAGAUAAAGGCUGCGGCUCAAUCACUGGGAACUCAGAGAGUGCUGGAUCUGUGCAAAGUAGAAGAGGAAAGAUCCACAAAGACUGAAGAGGAGAAGAAAGAGAAAAGGGAUAAAGGCGCAGAACAACUCUUGACUAGUCUCAAGUCCAUCAAACAGUUGUGGAUGGACAGAAUAGGUUGCGAUGUAAUCCUGGAAGCAGUUGGAGGAUCGCUUCACGGUGAGUAAGGCGCCAGUGAUUUGCACAAGCACAAUUUCACCCACUUAUGAGGACUUGAUACUUGAUACCAUGGUUGCAAAACUAUGAAGGUGCCAACCUGCUCUCCAAGAUCUAUUUUUGGUCAUUUAGGGACACUUAGACCAAUUGCUUUGCAACUUUUAGCUCUGCAUGUUUACCAAAGGACAAUUUGCUAGUUCUUAAGAGUCUAGCCCCCAUUUUUCUUAUUCUUGCAUGAAUGUCUCUAUCCUGAGUUUCAUAUUGUCCUGUACAUGUCAGUUGUCAUUAAGAUGACUGUCAAACAUGCUUACUAACCACUCUCCCUUCAGUCCACAGAGUAAUCCUGGCUGUGGGGAGUGACUACUUCCGCAGUAUGUUCACCUUGGGUAUGAAGGAGUCAUACCAGCCCCGUGUGGCCCUUCCCUUCCUGUUGGCCUCAGAGCUUGAGGUUCUGAUUGGCUGCUCCUACAGCGGGGCUUUACCUCUCAGCUGGAAGUCUAUCUUUGAGAUCACCAGCACUGCUCUCCAGCUCCAGUAUCAACCCGCCCUCUCUUUGUGUCUGCACUUUCUCCAUCAUGAAAUUAAUCCUCACUCUUGUCUGGAUGUGGUGUCUUUUGCUAAGGCCUAUGAGAUGGAGCAGCUUCUUGAGGUUGCAGAUGAUUACGUCUUGAGGCAAUUCCAGAGAGUGGCGUGUACCUCAAAGUUCAAGGACCUGCCAGCAAACCAGCUCCUUAGAUACCUGACCAGCCACUCACUCUGUGUACCAUCAGAGCUUGUUGUAUUCAAAGCAGUUGUGGCAUGGAUCGAGGCAAAGCCCAAGAAAAGGCUGAAGCUUGCUAAAGAACUCAUGAAAACCAUCCACUUUCCCUUGAUGACCUUUAAGGAAUUCAGAGAGGUUCAAUCUCUGAAAAUGUGGUCCGAUUACAGCCUGGCAGAGCUCUUUGAAGCUGUUGUUGAAGAGUUUUGGUCAAAUGAUGUUGCACCGCAGACUCAGUGGCGCAUCUAUCUACCAAAAGAGAGUCUGGUCUUGAUUGGGGGUGAUCAGACCUCUGAGGACUUGUGCAGCCGCAGCAUCAGUAGAGAGCUCUGGUUUGGGAAUUCUCUCAGGAACCAUACUGGGAUAAGAAAGGCUAUGGAGUGGCGAAAGCUGGGAGAACUGCCAGAGCCAGCAAGGUUCAGACAUGAGGUAACUGUGUUCAAUGGACAGCUGUACGUGUUUGGGGGCAAGAGUUAUUACGGCAUCGGUGACACUCUGAACACUGUGUGCAGGUGAGUAACGGCAACCCCAACUCGGAACAGCCGUUUUCCGCACAGAAUGUGUGAAUGUCUCAUUGUACCUAUGUCUAUGUAAGGUAUGACCCCCUUCAGAACACCUGGGAGAGCCUUGCUGACAUGCAGAAAAGGAGAUCUGCGUUUUCUGUGGUGGUGCUGGAUGGAAAGAUACUAGCCAUUGGAGGGCAUUGUGACCAUGACUAUCAAGAGAGUGUGGAGCAGUACUGCCCCUCUGCAAAUUCAUGGAGGUAUGUGGCAAGUGAUGGAUAUUCUGAUUUGUUAACUCACUAAAACUUACAUAACUUCACACAAAAGUAGCUGCCAAUAUCCUGACUACUUAACAAUUUAGAAAUCUGGUAUUGCUGAUAAUUUCCAGCAAUUAAGUGCAUAAAUUUGUAGACUGUGGCCUUGUUCAAGAAAAAUAAAAUCAGUGGAUUAAGAUAACUUUUACAGUGCAGAAAAAUAAAAACAUGUUAAGGGUAUCAAGGAAAAGACAUAGCACCCAAAGCAUUGGUAAUCCAUUGAAUCUAGGGAACAUGUUCGAAUUGUUCGAAUCAAAUUGGUCGAAUGAAUCAAAUUUCUUUGUCUUUCAGGUUCACCUGUCCCCUGGAUCUACCUCUGAGUGGACAUGUAGCAAAAGUUUUACACGGCCAAAUCUAUGUCUCAGGUGGUCUAAACAUCGACUACCAAUGUGUUUCAUCCAUGUUCCUGUACCACCCAGACACAGGAAGCACGUACUUGGCAAACAUGGCUCGCCCUCGGGCGUACCACUGCAUGGAGACAUUGGGUGAUUAUAUUUAUGUCGCAGGUGGACUCACAACAGACAAAAACAUGAUUAUCAAUGACGACUUAACCUGUGAGGUGUACAACCCAGCGGCUGACACCUGGACUGCUUUCGCAUCUCUGCCGGUCCCACAUGUAGGGGCAGGAAGUUCAGUUUUGGAGGGUAAGUUUUAUGUUCUGGGUGGAUACAGCCAGGUGGACUGUAGUGACACCAAACUGGUCCAUCGUUAUGAUCCCAGUACACAAAGAUGGGAGAAUAUGGGGAAGAUGCCCGGACCGAACAAUGACAUACGAGCUGCUCUGUUGUGUUUGCCACAACAUUUCAGACUGUAG